AUGCCGGUGUUCCAGGUGUCUCCGCUUCAAUCGCCACGUCUAAAGGCAUUAUAUGGCGGGAUUCUGCUGGGUUUUGCGGUCUUAGAACAGAAUAUCCCGAUCAAUGACUCGACUGUAUUUGGAAUCGGGAGUAUCAUCAAAGUAUUCGUGGCGGUUGUAAUCCUUCAACUCAUCGAAGAAAGUCAACUCAAUGUGUCGGACAAGAUCAAUGAACAUUUAGACCAGGGCGAUUUAGAUGGCAUCGGUAAUGCAAAUGAUGCAACAAUUGGCGGUUUACUAAGUCAUACUGCUGGUAUCGAAAGUUGGGAAGAUGAUUUGAACUGGAUCACUGAAGCGAGAGGUAAAGAAUUGGACCCGAAAACAAUUUGGGGCAAGAAAGAUACUCUAGAGUAUGUUAGACGGCCAUCCAGGCUUGAAACUGGUCGUUUCUCUUAUUCUAACACAAACUAUACUCUCUUGGGUUUGUUUGUUGAGAGAAUUACCGGUCACUCGGCAGAAAGCGAGAUCCGUCGAAGAAUACUCGAUCCUCUAAAUUUAAUGGAUACAUUUCUGGAAGAGUUUGAAGAGGUGGGAUUACGAAAGGAAAAUAUACCACACCGAUAUCAUUACGCUACAGAUAUAUUUCGCAAUACUGCAGGAGUAGGUCCAAGUUUCUCCGAGUAUAAGUGGAAAGGACUGGAUCUUAUUAAUGCAAGUGAGUCAAAUCUAUCAGUAGAAUGGGUAGCCGGUGGGAUGAUCUUCUCAAUCUGUGACCUUAUCAAGUUUGCGACUUCUCUCCGGGAUGGAAAGCUGCUUAGUCCCUCAUCUAUGGAUCUUCUCAAAAUAUGGCAGCCGGCCACAGAAUCAAUGGAAAUUGGGCAUGGGAUCUUUAAAUCCGGAAAUCCUUAUACACAAAAGAAUUGGCUUGGACACAUUGGAAGCGUACUUGGAUUUAGAGGAUCUCUUUGGUGGAAUGAGGAAGUCGAUUGUGUUGUAUGUGUUCUUGCAAAUGUGGGAAUUGUGCAUGCUGGAAAAGUUCCAUCGAGUGCGCCACAAAUUGCCUUCGAAUCUGAGUUCCUAGGAGUAGCUGUCAAGUUGACUAACAUCGCCGUGAAAGAGGAAUAA